AUGUCCGUCACUCAAACUCACAGGUUCAGCCAUUCAAAAGAGUUCGAGCAGCCCACCUACUUUUUCGCACCCGACGACGAGAUUCUGAGGGAUUGGCUGGAUACUGAUACCAUAGUCAAUUCCAUCACUGAUCUUUCUCCAGUCAACACUUUGAGUGAUCUAGCAGACAUAACACCUGAAGAAGAAGAGGAAUUCGAGGGUAAUAACUCUUCAAUGCCGCACAGCCUUCGAAGAGUUCUGACCCCACCUUUGGAGUGCGAUGAAUCCUCAAGCAGACGUAGAAGCAUACUAUUUGAGUCCUCCAUGCCUUCAAGCCCAGGAAUGUCCUCUUAUCCGCGAUAUCGCUCGGAGUACUUCCGGCCUCCGAUACAUCGUGCACGCCAAAGCGUCUCAUCCAUCGCCUCUUCCUCAACAGUGUACACAAAAUCUGCUCCUGCUCCUGUAAAAUCUAUCCUCACUCGACAUGACUCGGGAAUCUCCCUUGCAACGACAACAAAGACAUCUCGCAAGAAAAAGCGAUCCCCUCCGUCGGUGAAAUUUGUUGAAGUACCAACGGUGUAUCAUAGCCAUCACGACUAUUCGCCAAUUCCUUCACCUCCCCAUUCCCCUUGGCAACUCCGUCAGGUCAGAGCAAAAACAAACCAAGUCGAUGGUUCGCACGGUGGUGGAAACCUACUCCACCUCCGAGACCAACUAUAUCUGGCCCAUAUAGCCUAG